AUGGGUCAUAACCCCAGCUUCCUCGAUGAAAUCGACCUCAAUACACUCAAGGAUCCAGCUGGAAUUUUUGAGCUGAUAGAAGUAGUUGGCAAUGGAACGUAUGGACAAGUAUAUAAGGGCCGCCAUGUGAAGACUUCUCAGCUUGCUGCAAUCAAAAUCAUGAACAUCAACGAAGAUGAAGAGGAAGAAAUCAAGCUGGAGAUAAACAUGCUGAAGAAGUACUCCUACCACCGCAACAUUGCCACAUACUAUGGCGCCUUCAUCAAGAAGCUUCCUUCCUCAACUGGAAAACAUGAUCAACUAUGGCUGGUUAUGGAGUUCUGUGGAAGUGGAUCUGUGACUGAUCUUGUGAAAAACAGCAAGGCUUCUUCAAUCAAGGAGGACUGGAUAGCUUAUAUAUGCCGAGAGAUUCUCAGAGGCCUAUAUCACUUGCAUCAAAAUAAGGUCAUACAUCGUGACAUAAAAGGACAGAACGUCUUACUCACGGACAGUGCAGAAGUUAAAUUAGUGGAUUUCGGAGUUUCUGCACAGCUAGAUAAGACCGUUGGGAGAAGGAACACCUUCAUUGGGACUCCUUAUUGGAUGGCUCCAGAGGUGAUUGCAUGCGAUGAGAACCCGGAGGCAACCUACGAUUCGCGUUCAGAUUUGUGGUCGUUGGGUAUAACAUCCCUUGAAAUGGCUGAAGGACACCCACCACUUUGCGACAUGCAUCCUAUGCGUGCUCUCUUUCUGAUUCCUCGCAAUCCUCCUCCUCGGUUAAAACGUUCGAAGAAAUGGACCAAAAAGUUCGAGUCAUUCAUUGAAACUGUCCUCGUGAAGGACUAUCAGCAGAGGCCCUACACAGAUCAGCUCCUACGGCAUCCAUUCAUUAGGGACCAGCCACCUGAGCGAAGUGUCCGAAUCUCUAUCAAAGAUCAUAUCGACAGACAUCGCCGCAUCAGUAAGAAAGAUGACGCAGAGUAUGAGUACUCAGGAAGCGAAGAUGAUGAGCCAAACCAGGCGAAACCCCUGCAAUCUCAUCGCGAUGAUUCGGAAGCGGCAUCGAUGAUUCCGGUGGACAACACUCUACGCAAGGGAUUUCAACGAAUUCAAGAGGCCAGUCGAGGGGUUUUCGAACAUGCUGGCGCUCAACAGCUUAAAAGGAUAGUUCCGAAUAUAACAGAUAAUGAGAGGCCACCAGCAGGAAGUCCUCACCAUCACGCGUUCAGGUACGGCGCAGACGGUCGUAUUCGAGAAGAAGCUGUGAAAGUCCGUGCCCAGGUUGCAGCGAAUCGUCCUCCAAGCAGCGAUAUUCGUAGAGAAGCGGAGCGCCGUCAACGACCUGUCAGUCAUCAUCAGCGAUCACCACUUCCGUCGCAUCCGGCUGCUCCCCAUCUUGCUGAUCUUGCCAACUACGACAGGCGGCGACAAUCAGAGCGGGAAGAACGUAGAGAGAGGGACAGAAGUGUAACCAAAGAACGCUUGGGUCAUCGAGGCGCCUUGCCAUCCACUCGUGUUGCAGCCAACAUCACUACGACUCCAAUCCGCAAGCUAAGUGAACCUGUGCUCCAUCAGCAGCAGUCGAGGCCUGAAGACUUGGAUGCUCUAGCAUGCGAAUUAUCGCGUAUGGGAGGCUCCACAGGGAGUACUGGUAACGUUUCUCCUCCCCCUCCUGCACCUCCCCCACGUGAUGCGUCUAUUGGUAGCGUCAACGAUAGAGAUGAUGAUUCUUUGGGGAGCACGUUGCGCAGUCCAAACAAACCUCUACCCCCGACACCAACUGGAGGAUCCCCGUCCAGUGAUAUCUGCAGUCAGGAUACUCUGCCACAACCAAAGAGGACUAGUGAUGUGAUUUCACGACCAAGCAUGGUAAAAGCUGCUAGUAUGCCUGACCAAACGUCUACGACUAAUCAUGCUGAGUUUGGUUUGGGUGAGAGUUCGUCUGACAGCAGUGAGGAUGAUGUUCAUGAUGCUCAUGCUCUAAUUCGUCGGUCGUCUGCAACAAAUCCGCUUCUUCCAACAAUGUCCUGCAUCCGUGGCGCUGCGCCUCUAGCUUUACCUGACUUGUUACCAAAGACUCGAGAAUCCAACAGGUUUGAUGAACAACUGUUAUGUGGUGUAUCUUCUGAAAUAUCUGAAGCGAACGAAAGUUUGUGCACUAACGGCUCGGAAAACUGUUUCCAUCAACAAUCGCUUUCGUCGAGAGAUCGCGAAAAAUCGUUUGUUGGUUUCUUCGGAGCGGGCGCUUUGCUUGGAGCUGGCACUGUGAAUCGGCCUGUGCAAUCCAGCCUCACCAUCACCAUUGAUGGUGCUGCCCAAGUCUCCGAUCAGAACAUCAUGAUGGGGAUCGCAGGUUUACUUCGUUGGUGA